GGGGUGGCGCCGGAAGUACCCGAGCCGCCUUAUGGCGCAGGAGGAGGGCGCCAGGCUGGGGGUCGGGGGAGCGCGGGGAGCGCCCCCGGGGCGCGCGCUUUGGCGCUGUGCGCUGGCGCUGCUCGGGCUGACAGCUGCGCUGAGUUGGCCGCGGGCGGCUGGCGGCCCCUCCCGUCGCCACUGGCCGGUGCCUUACAAACGCUUUUCCUUCCGUCCAGAACCAGAUCCUUAUUGUCAAGCUAAGUAUACUUUCUGUCCCACUGGCUCACCAAUCCCAGUUAUGAAGGGUGAGGAUGUCAUUGAAGUCUUUCGAUUACAAGCUCCAGUAUGGGAAUUUAAAUAUGGAGACCUCCUGGGACAUUUGAAAAUUAUGCAUGAUGCCAUUGGAUUCAAGAGUACAUUAACUGGCAAGAACUACACAAUGGAAUGGUAUGAACUUUUCCAGCUUGGUAACUGUACAUUUCCCCAUCUGCGACCUGAAAUGAAUGCCCCUUUCUGGUGUAAUCAAGGAGCUGCCUGCUUUUUUGAAGGAAUCGAUGAUGUCCAUUGGAAGGAAAAUGGAACAUUAGUUCUAGUAGCAACCAUAUCAGGAAGCACAUUUAACAAAAUGGCAAAGUGGGUGAAACAGGAUAAUGAAACAGGGAUUUAUUAUGAAACAUGGACUGUCCAAGCCAGCCCUGGAAAAGGGGCGGAGACGUGGUUUGAAUCCUACGACUGUUCAAAAUUUGUGUUAAGAACAUAUGAAAAGUUGGCUGAACUUGGAGCAGAGUUCAAGAAGAUAGAAACCAACUAUACAAGAAUAUUUCUUUACAGUGGAGAACCUACUUAUUUGGGAAAUGAAACAUCUAUUUUUGGACCAACAGGAAAUAAGACUCUUGCUUCAGCCAUAAAAAGAUUUUAUUACCCCUUCAAACCACAUUUAUCAACUAAGGAAUUUCUCUGGAGUCUAUUGCAAAUUUUUGAUACAGUGAUUAUGCACAGACAGUUCUACUUGUUUUAUAAUUUUGAAUACUGGUUUUUACCUAUGAAAUUCCCUUUUAUUAAAAUCACAUAUGAAGAAAUCCCUUUACCUAACAGACACAAAAUACUCCCUGGUUUAUAAAACCUUACUUCUACUACUAUUUUUUUUCCUCCAACCACCAGCAUCUCAGUUUUCCAGGGGGUGAUUUUGUACUUAUGGGUUUGUUAGACUUUCUUCCUUGAGGCAGAAAAGUAAAAUGUAUAUUGGCAAAAUUGCAGCACAUUAACAUUUCAGAACUUUUCUGAGAAAUAGAUGAAACUUUAUUAUAUUGGC